UUGAGUUUACUCAAAGCCCACAUCGACCAAUGACCCCAUUAUCCCAUCACUUAACAUCUUCUUCCCUCUUUCUGCUUUUCCAAUAGUAGCAGAGUUUUAGCACAUCAAUGGCUUCUCUGACUUCUUCUCUUCAGCCAACUGGAAACUCCAUUAUCUCUUUUCGUUUCAGAGCUCGGAUAACUCCAAGCCCUCCUGAUAAGCUCUAUCUCAACACCACUCUUCCUUCGGUCCUCAAAACCACACCUUCCUCUUCCUUCAAUCCCACACCAUCCAAACCUCUCUGCACCAAUGCAGUUCCCAGCGCCAAUAAUCCCAGAGUACAUCGCCGCAACACUGGCUCCUCUCAGCCCCAACCCACAACAUCUCGCUCCAAUUCCCAGUACAAGACCCAACCUUUACGCAAGGGCAACAAGUACCAGAACCAGCAACCAAAUGAACCAAAACCGAACGGUGAUGAGUUAAACAACCAAAAUGUGAGUGCCCCAUUGCGUAUUAACACAAAAGAUGUGGAUUUGAUGCGUUUGUGCAAGGAGGGUAAGGUCAAAGAGGCGUUGCAGUAUAUGGCUCAAGAUGUUUCCGCUGAUUAUGGUGUAUUUUGUGUGUUAUUGGAAUCGUGUGACAGCUCGAAGUCGCUUGAGGUUGGGAAAAAGAUUCAUGAUUUUAUGAAACAGUCGCCAUUUCGCGGAGAUAUUGAGUUGAACGCUAAAUUGAUUCAAAUGUAUGGAAGAUGUGGGAGUAUGAGAGAUGCACGCAAGGUGUUCGAUCGAAUGCCUGAGCGGAGUAUGAGUUUGUGGCAUUCAAUGAUACAUGGGUAUGCAGUGAAUGGGCAGGGUGAUGAGGGGCUGCUGUUGUUUGAACAAAUGAGGAAUUUAGGAUUGAAGCCCAAUAAGGAGACAUUUGUAGUGGUUUUGGCGGCAUGUGCUAGCGCGGAAGCUGUGGAAGAAGGGUUAACGUACUUCGAGUUGAUGAAGAAUGAGUAUGAGAUUGUGCCGGAGAUUGAGCAUUAUUUAGGGCUUAUUGAUGUUCUUGGAAAGUCUGGUCAUUUGAAUGAGGCAGAGGAAUUCAUUGGGAAAAUGCCAUUUGAGCCUACUGCAGAAGUUUGGGAGGCUCUUCGAAACUUUGCACAGAUUCAUGGAGACAUGGAGCUUGAAGAUCGCGCUGAGGAUUUGUUGGUUAGUCUCGAUCCUUCUAAGGCCAAUGCUGAAAAAAUCCCAUUGCCUCCGCGGAAGAAGCACUCUGAGAUUAACAUGCUAGAGGAGAAGAAUAGGGUGAGUGAGUAUCGGAUUACAAACGAGGCAUAUGAGAAACUGAAAGGUUUGAAAGGACAGAUGAGGGAAGCAGGCUAUGUGCCAGAUACAAGAUAUGUGCUUCAUGACAUUGAUCAGGAGGCAAAAGAGCAGGCCUUGCAGUAUCACAGCGAGCGUUUGGCAAUUGCUUAUGGUCUGAUCAGUACUCCAGCCAGGCAAACUCUAAGGAUAAUUAAGAAUCUUCGAAUAUGCGGCGACUGCCAUAAUGCAAUAAAAAUCAUGUCAAAGAUUGUUGGGAGGGAGCUCAUCGUUAGGGAUAACAAGCGGUUCCAUCAUUUCAAGGAUGGGAAAUGCUCCUGUGGGGAUUACUGGUAAACUUAUCAGCAGCUAGUGCAUACAGCUUCUCUACAAGAGUCGAGGCUGUGGUGCUACGUUAUGUAAUGUUCAAUGUGCAGCAUGAAAAAUCAAAGGAAGUUUUUUGGCCGGAAAUUAACUUUGUAGUUUUUUUAUGAAUAUCUUUUCUUGUACAUUAAUCUUGUAUUUAAAUUCAAUUACAUUCAAUAGAAAACAAAUUUACGAUUA